ACUCAAAUUUUUUUGUGGACAAUUCCAUCGCAUUAACGCAUCGUCUGUCGGUCGCUAUGUGCACGUUCCAUUAAUGCUAGGGAAUUUUCAGGCCACUGUCGCGGCUUCGCCUGGUAAGUUGGCGUCAGUAUUUAGUAAAUGUUUUACGAUUUGGCAAAAUAUAUUUUCAAAACCGUAAAGCAUAGAUGCUUGCGUAUCGAUCCCGUCUGUCCGAAAGUCAGAUAGGCGAUCAGGCGGCACGAUAUCCCAUCCCGGGUUACGGUCCAUUUGUGCAACACGUGUAAUUCAUUCUCGGGACCGAUUCGCGCACAAGUGUGAGAGGGACAUUGGUUAUGUUCGCUCUGUUCUGGGUGAAAACAAAUUGGGGAGCGAUGUAGCGGUAAGUAGCAGCGAGCUCUGAUCCGCUCUGUUCGCGCCUGUUGUCGCGAAAAAAAAAAACUCUAACGCACGGUGCACUUGCAGCGACGCGAGGCACGCCCGGUUAGCACGCGCGGAGAUUUGUUUCGUCGAUCGACUGCCACGAAAAAGCCCGCAUAAAUGUACGGCGGCGGCGGCGGCGGCGGUAGCAGCAGCAGCAGCAGCAGCAGCAGGUGUAGCAACGUCCCCUGCAAGGAACAUCGGAACAAUGUCCGACGGUUCUAAGAUGGGCCUGUUCGGCUCCAAGGACCGGAAUCAGGAACAGAAAGAGAAAUCUUCCAAGGACAACUCCCCAGCGCGUUAUGCGCCGUACGGCGUUGACAGCGACACCGAGACAUACGACACCGAGGCCCUGAGCAUGAUGGAUAUCAACGACAUCAUCGGCGUGCAGUCCGGCGAGCCGAUCGGCGACUCGACUCUGGAAAGCGAAAUCGCCGCUCUCUCGCAGAUUAUUACGGAAUCGAAGGUGGAGCCGAUUCUGCAGUCGGAGAGCUCGAAGCCGGCGAUGCGGCAGGACUCUUCUCCCGAGAUACCCACUUCGAGCACCGUCUGCAUCGCGAGCGUCGAUGAUUCUAAUGCCGACGAGUUCAGUAUCGUGUCGUCUGAAAAGUAUGCAGGCAGCGAAAUGCGGAAAGAGACGUCUGAACUUACCUGUGAGAAUGAGACACACGCAGAUUCGUCGAUCGUAGAGGAGAGUGUUUUACAGAAUGUGGUAAUGGAUUUUGUGACCAAACGUGAUGAAGCUUCCGACGUAAGUACUAACGAAACAGUUUGUGAUACAUCUGUAGUUUCUACGUCAGAAUUGUCUUCCAAUGACAAGUCGAAUAGUGAGAUUAAUUCCUCGACUGUCACGUCGAACGACGCUUUACAGGGUACUGCCCGGAACGAGCAACGAGUAGACGCCGCUUCUCCCGCGGAUCACGAGAAAAGUGUUGCUGACAAAACGGAGGAUGUAGCUGCCGACAAAACGAUCGACGGUCAGAGCGAAGCCAAAAGCGGUACGAGGCCCGUGGUGACGGUUGGUAACAUUAGCAAGAGUCUGCAAUUGAUAGGAGAGGCAUAUAAUUCUGAAGACUCGGAGGAAACGGAUGUGAACGACAGCGACUCGUCGAAAGAGACUCCGUCGCUUUCUAUUCCUACAGAAACCCCAUUGCCGGAUAUUCCUGCGAAACAGCAUAAGGAAGAUGAUUCUGAGGCAACUGAUAUAUUAGAUCAAACUACUGAAAUCCCUUCAAAGUUAAGUAACACUGCAAGUGCGGCUGUUUCAGAAGAAUUAAAUACGAAAGUGGAAAACGUAGUCAAAAUAGAAGAUUCAAGUAUAACAGAGCCAGAGGACUCUAAUCGAAGUGAAGCGUCGCAACAAGUUUUAGAAAUACAAGGGAACGAUACUGUCUCGAAUAAGGUAGAAGAAAGUAUCGAUAAUGAGACGUCAAGUCGCACACAACAAAGUGAAAAUGACACUGAAAUAAAAAUGGAUACAGCUGAAGGAACAGUAUUAAAACAUCAAUCUUCCAAUGAAACUUCUAAAGAAACUGUAGAUACAUUUGUUGAUACAUCUAUUAUAUCGACAACGGAAAAUACAGAAGAAAGCAUGGAAAGUACUGAAAUAGAGUCAAGUAUAUCGGCUCCUGAAACGGAAAAGCAAGAUAAUUCUACAGUUUCUAGUGACAAAGAACUGCCAGAUACAAGAAAAAUAAAUGAUAAAUGUCCUGUUAUUGAUGAUGCAAAGGAACUUGUAGAAAAUGUACUCGAAUGUGAAGAUAAAGACACCGUUUUGAUAUCUGCAACUGAAACUCAGAAGUCUACCGUACCUGAGAUAUCUGAUAAGAAAUUAGGUAUGCCAGAAGUGACAAGUAAAGAUGAUUCUCAGGAAGCAGAUAUCAAUGAAAGUUCUCAGAUGACAGACGAGGUCGUUUCGAUAACGGAUAAAAUUGAUGAUUCUCAAGAAACGGUUUCUAAACAAGAAGAUGAAAAAACUGCUAUAAUUGCUGAUAGUCAAGAUAAUGUAGAGGCCAAUGCUGAAGAAACACCUGUGCCAAUAGAUAUAUUUCAAACUGCGUCAGAUACAACUAAUAAAGAAUUAAUUUUAAAUGAAGGUACAUCAAUGAGUCAUCCAUCUGUUGAAGAAAAGGAUGCAACGACCAGUGUACGAUCUGCAGAUUUACCAAAUGAAGAAAAUUUAGAUUUGUACUCUGAGAAUUUAAUAAUGCAAAGUGAACCAACGCCUGUUAAUUUUCAUGAUUCUGAAGAAGCAAAUGUUUGCACGAAAGAAGAAAUUCCUGAGCAAACACUCGAGUCUCCAGUUGAAUAUGACAAAUCUGUUACACAAUUUCCGUCUGAGUCAGAAAAAUCUGAAAUUAAUGAUACUGUAUCUAGUAAAUUCGAGGAAUUACAUUCUGCUUUGGUCUCGCAGGAAGAUUCCAGUAACAUAAUUGAAAAUGUAAGCAAGCCUGAGGCUGAAAAAACAGAGGAUGGAGAAGAGAAAAUAUCGGAAGCAAUAUCACCAUCUAAAGCUCAAGAUCAAAUUCCAUCAAUGGAAAAUAAACCAGAGCAAACACUUGAUCGAUCUGAAUCGUGUGUUCAAGAAGAAGUCAGUUCAUCUGUGCAGAUAGACAAUAAAUUAACUUCGGAAAAUGUUAAAUCUGCCAAUGUGUUAUUAAAGAAUGAUACAAAUUCAUCAUCGACUGAAAAUUUGAUUGUGUCAGGAAGUGAUGUAACAGAUGACGCGUGCAAUACAAUACAGAAGGAAGAUAAUGAUAUGGAAAACAUUACUGCUGAGAUAUCAUUGAAGGAGACAGCAAUAAAAGUAUCAGAAUUAGAUGAUACAGAAGUUAAAGAAAUUGAAAAAAAUGAAAAAGAAGAAAGUCAAGAAAUAAGUUUAGAUCUGCAAUCGAUAAUUCCAAAAGUAGAUAUUCAAACAAAUCCAGAGGAUAUCAAUUUACAAGACGAUGGUGAUACGAAACCAUGCGAAAAGACUACAAAAAUACAUAUAUCUACAGAAUCAAAAGAAUCAAUCGAUGUCAAUGUAACGCCGAUAACCGGAGAGAAUGAUGACGUGAAAUCGGUUGUAGAAGAAUCUGUUGAUGCCAAUUUAAAAGAGGUACAGUCAAGCGUUAUUGAUAUCUCUUUGUUACACGAAAGCUCGAACGAAAAGAUGAAUGCCGAAAAGUUAACGGAGAAACUGUCUCAAGAUUCAGAAAGCAUGGAUGCCCCAGCUACUGCUCAAACUGUAGACGCUCUGGAGGGACUUUUGGACAUAUCUCUUAUGCCGGACAGUGAAACAUCUUCGUUAAAAGACAUGAAAACCGAAGAUAAAGCCCUGAUGGAAGAAAUAGUAAAUAAAAAUAUUGAUAUGGAUCUCUUGUUAGAUCAUGCGAAUCAAAGCGAAGCAACCAUGACGCAAAAUUCAGACUACAUAACAAACGUGAUUGCUAGUUGUUUGACAAACAGAGAUAAUGAAAUGAGCGAGGCUGAUAUCAAUAUACCGAGUAAUGAUAAAACUACCGAAAACGAGGAUAGUAGCUUAAAAAUGAACGAAGACGUUAGUAUGGAGCCGGUGAGUGAGACGACGGAUAACGAGAAGAUUGAAGAAUCUCUUGGAACAGAUAGCAGUUUGCAGCCGAGCGAUUUGGACAUGGAUUUCGAGAACAAUCGAUUGGAGUCGGUCGACUUGGAGGAAAGUGAAACGAAGCUGGAGCUGCCGCAGGACAUUCUCGAGGGCGUGAUGCCAAGCGAGAGUCUCUCCCGUCACGCCGACACUCCGUCCGUCAUCGAGAAUUCGCAGUCGAGCUCGGAAAUCUCCGAGUUGGAAUCUGCGGUGAAAUUCUUGCAGGAAUCCGAGGAGCAGACGAUAGACUCUCUGGUGCUCUCGCCGAAAAUGGUGGAGAGCGUCGUCGAGGAUAUAACGAAGCAGGCAAACGCGGAGCUCUACGUGCCCGAUGAGAUGGACAAUUACACGAACGCCGAAUCGGAAUUGGCGCAUCUGAGAGACGUCACCGCCGCGGAUUCUAUCUCUAUCUCGGAAGCCGAGAUCAUAUCGGAGGCUGCUAAGCUGGAGAACGAACGGAAAUUCGCGACGCAGAUGCAGAACGUUCCUAGUAUCGUUGUGAAGGACACCGAAGAAAUAAAUGAGGAGACGUUACAGGAUCACGUGUGUUUGAAGACUUCGUCCGACACGACUUCUGUCGCGGAUAAUUCCUCGAAUGUGCAAACGGCGGAACAGUCGCACGAAGAAAAAGGAACUGUACCCGAUAUUAGACCGAAGAUCGAAGAAAUUUUGUCGAACGAACCUUUGAGAAUACCUAUUCUGAAAGCAUGCGAUCUGAUCCCGAGGAUAUCGAUAUUGGAGGAGCGACUGAAGGUACCGCCAAAGAUCGAGAUACCCGUUCCAGAAUCGGCUAAGAUUCCGGAAUCUUCCAUUAGCCCGAAUGAUAGUCUUCUCAUACCGAAGGACGCGAGAGCUAUCUCGUUCUCGAGGACUUUGGAGUCACCGAAGUCGGCUGAUAAAACCGAGUCGAAGGGCGCUGAGACGCCGCGCAAGGACUCCGAGAAACACUCAGACUUCGAGAACGUCGGUUCGCCGAGGAUAAUCCUGAAGAUCGCUAAGUCGGCGAUCACGGACUGCAGCGAGCCGCGAUCGCCGAAGAGUCCGAAGAUCCGAUCGGCUACGAAUUCGCCUAAUCCGGAGGACAGUCCGGGUCAGAAGUUGGGAAAGAUUAAAUUGAAACUGUCGAAGGGGGGCCAUCCGUCUAUAAUAUCCAACGAGAAUCUGGACGAAGUCAAUCAGUGGCACACCACCGAGAACACAUCGUCAUUAUCUCCUAUCGGCAUGAAGAUCAAGCUGUCCAAAUCCGGCGACGCUUCAAUUGUAGCUACAGAGAAACACGAGAGUCUGGAUGACUCGAAGGAGACGAAAUAUAAAAUCGAAGAGCCGAAGAGAACGGAUUCGCCGAUCGGUAUGAAGCUGAAGGUAUCCAAGUCUGGAGAUGUUUCGAUCAUCUCCGAUUCCAGGCAGCAGGAUACCAAAGAAUCUCUUACGAAGCACAAGGAAAAGUUGGAGAUACCGCAGGGAAGUCCGAAGAGGACAGAAUCGCCAAUUGGAAUGAAGAUCAAGCUCUCCAAGACUGGUGACGCUUCGAUCAUUCAGACCGACAGGCAAGAAUCUUUGGAGGAGCACAAGGAAGUUAUGCAAAAGCGGACCGAUUCUCCAAUUGGCAUGAAAAUUAAACUGUCGAAGACCGGUGACGCUUCUAUCGUAUCGCCGGAUGCUCCUGAAGACUCGUCUACGAAAGUGAAGGAAAAAGACUAUUUGGAACUACCGAAAAGGACCGAGUCUCCAAUCGGAAUGAAGAUAAAGCUGUCCAAGUGCAAAGGCGGCGCAUCUAUUAUUUCUGUAGACAGCACUGAAGACACAAGAGACAAAUUGGAGGUACCCGAUCCACCUAAACGCACUGAGUCGCCACUCGGUAUGAAGAUAAAGUUAUCCAAAACCGGAGAUGCGUCUAUUAUACAUUCUGAGGUCACAGAAGACGUUAAAGAAACGAAAUACAAAGACAAGUCCGAGGUGUUGCAAGACAAAACGUCAGAGACUUCCGGGAUCAAGAUCAAGAUGAAGACAGGCGAAGCAGCGUCGUCGGUAUCGCCGGAUAUUAUUGAAGAGCAAGAUGUAUUCCAAGCCUCCGAAUCAUCCACAGGCAGCAUUCCGAAGAUCAAAGUAUCCAAAUCUGGAGAUACGUCGAUGGUUUCUAAUAAAAUGGAAUCAACAGAAGAUUUGAGAUCACGGGAAAGUCAUCAGGCGGAAGUACCAAAGAGAACGGAAUCUCCACUUGGCAUGAAAAUCAAGCUGUCCAAGAGCGGCGACGCUUCUAUUGUACAGAGCGAGGCUGUCGCUGAAGAGCAUCCAAGUAAGAGUACGCGUGCGUCUGAUGCGGAAUAUUCGAAAGGCAGCGACUCGUCCCUCGGCAUGAAGAUCAAGCUAUUCAAGACAGGUGACGCUUCGGUAGUGGAGACACAAUCGUCCGGUUCUUCCGAGAAGAAGGACAAGCAGCAAAGACGCAAGGACACUGCCGAAUUGCCGCUAGAGAUGAAGAUCAAGCUAUCCAAGACUGGCCAUCCCACUAUCGUGACGUGCGACAGUCACGGCGAGUCCUCCACGCACAAAGGUAAGGAUCCAGUUGCUGUGGAUCCGUCGAUAAAUUUUUCUCAAAGGUAUAUGGAGCAUGCCGCGACGCAUAAGGAGUCGACAUUGAAGAUCCUCAAGACCGGUCACCAUCCGUCCAUUCUGCAGAGCAAUCGGUCUGAGCUGACGAUCGAGCCGGUGCAGAUGCAGAGCAAAAAGCAGCCGGCGGAAAAUGCCCAGCAGCAGAUCGAAAUAUCGCCCAAGCGUAAAGACAUAACAAUCUCGCCGGUCGAGAGCAAGAAGUCCAAGUUGGAGGCGCAGUUCUCGCAGAUCCUGCCGGAGGUCACCAUCCAACCGGUGGUAUGUCGGGAUCAGAAGCAGCAGCAACAGCAGCAGCAGCAGCAGCUGUUGCUCGAUCCGAAAACGAGUCUAAUCAGUCGACAGCAGAUGAACGUGAUCAACCAGGAGAUCAGUAUCACGCAAGUGCGGCCGGAUAACGCGUCCGACAAGUUCAAGGAUAUGCAUUGCAAAAAUUCACCAGGCGGAUUGUCGGAUUGCGAGAUCAUCGAGCAUCGUCCUGAGCUGAUAAUCGUCAACGAGAAUUCCAACUCCAGCCAGGAUGUCGUCAUCAUAGAGGAGGUGCCUAGUAGAAUGACCGAUGUCAAGGUGCCGAAGAAGAGAGGCAGACCGCGAAGGAAUCCCGCGGCGGUGCAACAGCAUCUUCAACAGCAGUCUGCACAAAUGCUGCCGAGGGAUCCUCUGGCCCUGGACGAGGUGCAGCAAGUUCCUCCGCAACAAUUUGAACACAGGGAAAACGAGAGACCUAAGAGAACCUGCAGGAACCAAAAAAGUUACGCUCCACCCAAAAGAGGCAGAGGACGAGGCCGCGGUAAACGGAAACUGGAUAACGUUGAUCCUCAAAUUGGAAAGAAGACUCGUAUAGAGCAAGACUUAUCCGCUAUAGAGGCAUCGACAAUGGCUGUCAUUACUAUCGACGAAACACCAGUACAACAAGACCCGCUUCGAAAAUCAGAGCUGUACAAGGCACUGAAACAACCGCCCAUAGAUCGUAAAGGCAUGAGUUCUGCGUUAAGUCGCAAAGAAGCCGGGAAAAAGGACUCUAAAGCCUCGAACUCUGAGAGCGCGAUGUUAGAUCCGACCAGAUUGCCGGAUGUUGAAGAAGAUCCGAAGGCGUCUACGAGUCAGGACCCGCUGAUUUCGAAGGAUGACGAACAGCAUAAGAAACCGGCCUUAGAAAUCGUUUCUGAGAGGACGCAGAAAUCGGCAGCGAAGCAACAUGCCGAGAAUAAAGGUAAGAUGUCGGACGGGAUUAAGGAGAUACCUAUACCUCCCGGACAUUCGAAUUGGCUGACGCCAACGUCGAAGAAGCAAGCGGAUUCAACGGCCAUCAGAGGUGAAACAGUGUCGACGGUGCAGGUGAUCGACGAAGAAACAAGAAUGAGCGCCGAAUCCGGCUCCAGGUCUCAAACACCGGCUAGAAAUAUACCAGCGCCAUCUUCGGAAACAAUAAUAAAUGAAGAAUCGCAAGGUAGCGUUCUGAGCACUGCCACGACAGAAUCUGAAAAAGUCAAAGUAAAGAACCGAAGGAUGGAGAUUAAUUUUGAUCCCGAUGAAGGACCUUUCACUGUUGAUAAGAUAGCAGAAUACGAAUGGCCACUAGAUCGAAAGGGUGAAACCUUUAUGAUACAAGAACAGAUAUCACAGUAUCUUGGCGUGAAGUCUUUUAAACGUAAAUAUCCUGAUCUCAAACGCAGAGUAGUUGAUAUGGAGGAGAGAAAUUAUUUGAGGGAGAAUGGAUUAGUCAGUGAAGCGAUGUGCGAUAUGGGAUUAACUGCGAUAUGUAGUUCAGAAGUACUAGACGUCAUGUGCAGUGAUUUUCCCGAUCAGUACGAAGAAUAUCGCAAGCAUAUGCGCGAGAAACAAGUUAAGGAACAUUCCAAGAAGCAGAAGGAACUUACGGCGGCGGCGAAUGCGGAGAGAAACAGGAUAGAUCUCGCGGAGAUGGCGAUGCAGUCCGCGUUUACGUGGAACGCUAACUUAAAUAAAGCUCGCAAGGAGCAGCGCAAGUACUGCUUAGAUCUGCAGACUUUCACGAUUCAUCAACCGCAGAAACAGCACAAAGGCGAUUCGGAACACAAAAUGGGUCAUUAUCCUGUUGCUCUGAUACCAGGACAGUAUACCGAUUAUUAUCGGGAAUAUACACCGGCAGAAUUGAGAUAUUAUCCACUGAACACGGUCUUAUAUGGACCCACACGACCUAACGAGCGUAAAAGUGAUAGUCAAUCGGAAGGCUCUCAGAGCGAUAGCGAUAGCGAAUCGUCUUCCGACGACUCAAGUUCAUCCUCCAGCGAAGGUACACAAGAUACAGAAGGAUCUCAAUCGACCAUGGACGAAGUGGACAUGGAAAUCUCGAAUUCAAAGGAUGAUACAAAGUUGAAAUGCAAGAUGUGCCUAAAAGUUCUAAAUAAGCAUAACAAGAACGAAAUAUUAAUCCAAUGUGGUACUUGCAACGGAAACGUUCAUCCAUCCUGUAUAGAUUUAACGUUGGAUAUGGUGCCACACAUUCAAUCAUACGCAUGGCAAUGCACCGAUUGUAAGACAUGUGUACAAUGUCACGAUCCUGCAGACGAAGACAAGAUGCUCUUCUGUGAUAUGUGCGAUCGCGGGUACCAUAUCUAUUGCGUUGGUUUGCGACGAGUACCACAGGGAAGAUGGCAUUGCCAGGAGUGCGCCGUAUGCGCGAAUUGCGGUUCGAGGGAAGCCGGCGGUGCUAAUUCGGACCGAAACAGCGUUGCGCAAUGGCAGCACGAAUAUAAAAAAGGCGAGAAAAAUACUCGAGUAUAUGUCUCGACGCUCUGUGUACCAUGUUCGAAGCUGUGGCGAAAGGGUCGCUAUUGCCCGCACUGCAGUCGCUGUCAUACCGCCCAAAGGCUCGACCUGGAUUCGAAUCUAGUGCAUUGCAGCGCAUGUGACAAGUAUCUGCACUUAGAGUGCGUGGAGACCAAGGGAGUAGUGGUUGACAAGAAAAAUUAUCGAUGUGAUUUCUGUGCACCGUCGACCAGCCAGCACGUGGUGAAGCCUUUAAUGUCGAAGGUGCUCAAAACGUGAAUACGAUUAUUGUAACAUUGCCGCAUGGGAAAAAAAGAAAGCGUGUAUAAUACCAAUGCUAGUGUAUAUUAUAUUAGUAUAUUAAAGUAAAUAAGUUUUUUAUUGAGUGCGUUGAGUGAACAAAUACGCGCAAGAUUUUUCUUCUCGAGUACUUCAUGACAAACGAAUUACAUUGUACAUAUAUAGUUGUGAAAUGAGUCAUUUAAUUUUUAAUUAUGAAUUUUUAACGUAGUGUUUACUGCGAGAUAGGCAAUGUUUAGUAAGAAAAAGACUGAAUGUGUUUAGUUUUUGAUUACGAAUAUGUCAAAAUUACAAAAUAUAUACAGAGUGUCCGAGAAAUCGCGCACUUUCCCUCGAUCGUAUAUUCUUUGGCGAAUUUGAAAUUAAACCUGAUAUAUCAUCAUAAGCUGAGUUAAAUGUGCAUUUUGUAACACUCAUUUUGCAUACAGUAUUUUAAAAAAUUCUUUUGUAAAAUAGAAUUUAUUUAAUGUAAACCGAAAGAGACAAAGCGUUAUUACACGUUUAGAUUUCACAAAUUUAAUUUGUAAAAAUUACAUGGACUUUACAAAAAUAUAAAUGCAGCAUAAAAA